AUGCACUCUAGGGUUUGGCUUGCAUAUGCAGUCAUAUGUGGGCCUGCGCUUUCUGCAACUUUACCUGCAGCACCACAAAGUGAAAACACUCCGACCACCUCACCUUCGGUGCUGAUCCUUCCCGGGAACGUCUCUGCUGAUCUUACAAACGCCUCAUAUUCGAACGAUGUCCCAGACGUGAACCUACUCUCUUUGGAUAGCGCUUCCCAACAACCAUCGAACUACUCCGCCUCUCUUUACGACCUACCCUUCCGGUACGAUCUGCCUGCCGUUACCAGCGCUGCCCCUCAGUGCAACGGUACUCUGUACGGCACCAACUUAGACCGACACAGCUGUUUUGAUGCUUGGCAGAAUCUAGGCUCGAUACCCGAACGCGUGAGCUGGGGCCCAAGGGGACCGGGCCACAAUUUUCAAUACAGGCUUCCUUAUCGAUGGAGUAGCGAUGAUGGUCAAUGCGUUAUCGAUAUUACCAAUUACCAGGCCCACAACUCCGACUUCGCGUCCCUUCUCGAGAUCAGCCACGCCGCCGAUCAGGUGCUGAAGAAGUGCAUAGAUCCUCUUGGUGGCCCAGCUGAGGGAGGUUUCGUUGCGAAUGUAGGUAAGAACGGACGCCUCAUCGUAGUAAUCCGCAAGUACACGCCCGAUGUCGUAUGCGGUCAAGGUUUCCAAGUGCCGGAUUAUCCACCGCCCUGUCUUGACACACUGAGUGCGUUGCCCGUGAGCACGCAGUCCGUGAGCUUUGGUCGUAAGGGGUUACCAGGUGUGCAGUGGCCACUACCGUGGACUUAUUACGCGAGCGGCUCCAGAUGCGCGGUCACGUUGAACAUCAAGAGUUCUACCCAAGAAGAGACAAUUCGCUGGUUUGACAUAUGGGCUGGUGCGGUUGCUGCUGAUACUAUAUGUAUCAAACAAAGGAAGCUAGGCGCUUCCCGAAAUCUGGGGAACCAUAGGUAUGCAUGGAUAGUCUUACGACAUCAAGAGCAGCCACCUGCACCGAUGCCGCUAGCAAUGGCAGACGAGUGA